GAUCAUUGUGGAGAUUUUUUUAUAUAAAGACGUGCGCAGCUUCGACCGGUCCAAAAAUAAGGAUCUGUAUACGUUUGAACAACGUUACAGUACUUUUAGCUCUUUGCAUACAAAAGCUACUCAGAUACAGAAGCGCACCAAAGGCACAUAGUUCAGCACGAAUUACCUCUUUCAAUUGUGUGAAGUUUCAUGAGUGUUCACAAGCUAUCAUGAUGAACGGUACAGUGGUUUAAAUUAAUUUCCCUUAAAGCACGAUGGCCGAUGCGGGUGCUCAACGGAGCUGCUGUAUCAAAAAUCAGUGGCGAUUGCGAAACGCCGAAAAAACACUGGAGACUCUCGAAGAUAUCUAUCAGAAAUCGGAAGGAGAAAUCCGAGAAUUACAGCAAGAGGAGCAAGCUCUGCAGGCAUUGUGUAGUCAAAGCAAUACUAUCUCGACUCCUACAGAGGGUUCAGUAGUUGGGUCACACUUGACACACCAGCUACAGAGCGCAAAUGAUCAACAAAGUACCGUUCCUUUAAAGCCUUUUGUUCACUUGAAUCAACAACUAGAGCCGGCUCAACAAGAUCUGUUAGGUUUUCAAGUGCAGUCAACUACUUCAUUGCCGCAUACGCCACAAACAGAUCUCUCUUCCCAGACGCUCCAGGCACUUACCAACGAUCAACAAGCCACCGACGACGACAACGAUCCGGAUCAAAGGGCCACUUACUGGAUGGACCAAUAUUAUGACCUCGAUUACGAUUCGUCAGAGGAGAAAAAUAAGACGAGUCUGGCAGUAUCGGAUACACAAAAGAAACGAAACAUCUACACAUCGUUCAAUCAUAGCGGCUUUCUAAAAACUGAUGAAGAAAUCAACAAAAUGGUAAUGUUUCCAGAAACAGAUAUUAGAAGAAAAAUAAAAUUGUAUUCUUCGGACAGCGAAGACAAUUCCGAGUAGGAUAUAUGUUGUUUCAACAAACAGUUAUUCAGAAACGAAUCAUUUCGAUCUCCCGCAACAAAUGCGAGCAGGGGAAGCUGCUAAAAGUGAAGGAAAAUGUAUCUUCGUUAGUAACCCUGAAAUGCUUCAAAAAGAAGCAAAAAGUUGAUCGUUUUAUUGACAAAUAUAUAAGUAAUGUAUUACCUAUAUAUAAUAUAUAAUAUAUAUAUAUAUAUAUAUGUAUAUCAUGCUUUUAUGGCAAUAAUAUGUAUAUUAUUGCCAUAAAAGCAUGAUAUAGUAAAUAGGAAGUUUUGUUCAAAUAAAGGAAAAA